CAACUUUAUCCGCCCGCGACGAACCUAACCUCGUUAAAUCAUUCCAGUAUCGGUCGGGCUUAAAAAGCAGCCACCACAGACCUUCCAAGUUAUCUCAGACUUCUCUUGACUCCACAACAGUCGAUGUCCUCCAUCUUACCAAAUCUCCUGAAGUCCUGACAUCGAACCCAUUCCGUUAUAUGGCUGACCUGCGGUGUUUUGACUAUUCGCAAGCAAUGAGAAGAUCAACGCGAGGGGCAGCAUCACAUUAAUCAGCGACUCCAAUCCUCACACAUGCCGCCCCCCAAGUCGAAGCUCGAGUCCCAGCUUCAAAAGGAUAAGCUCGUCAACUCCUACCGAGAGUUAUUGCAAGAAUUCUCGUCGAAGGAUUUGCGAAAUGUCGGUAACUACAACCUCGGGAAGUUGAUCGGGAAAGGCUCCUUUGGCAAAGUUUAUCUUGCGACGCAUAAGCUUACGAAUGGCUCCAAGGUUGUUCUCAAGUCAUCGAGUCGGGAAGAUGCGAACCUCGCGCGCGAGAUCCACCACCAUCGCCAAUUUCUCCAUCCGCAUAUAGCUCGAUUGUACGAAGUGAUCGUGACGGAAAAUCUUGUUUGGUUGGCUUUGGAAUAUUGUCCGGGUGAUGAACUGUAUAACUAUCUUAGCUGCAAUGGACCGAUGCCGCUCGAGAAGGUCCAGCGGAUAUUCACACAGCUUGUCGGGGCUGUUUGCUACGUCCACAGUAAAUCGUGUGUACACCGUGAUUUGAAGCUGGAGAACAUUCUGCUCGACAAGCAUGAAAAUGUCAAAUUAUGCGAUUUCGGUUUCACGAGGGAAUAUGAAGGAAAGGCGAGCUACCUGCAAACAUUCUGCGGGACGGUGUGCUACAGCGCGCCGGAAAUGCUGAAGGGUGAGAAGUACGCCGGGGAAAAGGUGGAUGUUUGGAGUUUGGGGAUAAUUCUCUAUGCUCUUAUUGCGGGAGAGUUGCCUUUCGACGAUGACGACGACCAGAUCACUAAAAAAAGGAUUUUGACGGAGGAGCCUAAGUAUAAUGAGCGGUUUCCGGAGGAUGCAAAGUCACUAAUAAGUCUGUUACUAUCGAAGCGUCCGCUUCUCCGGCCUACCUUGUCCGAUGUCCUGAAUCAUUCGUUUCUGGCUGAGCAUUCCCCGCAGCAACAAGCGAUCUUGAAAUUAGCUCGACCAGCCCCGUUCUCGACCCCGCUGGAAAGAACAACCCUAGAGCGGAUGAGAAGUGCAGGAGUAAAUAUUGAUCAGGUAAUUGAAAGCGUACUUGCGCAGCGAUGUGAUGCGCUCGCUGGCUGGUGGGCGCUCCUAAUAGAGAAGGAGGAAAGGAAGGAAAAGAGAAGAGAGCGCAAAAGGCGCGAGAGGGAGGCUGAAGCGAAAAAUUUACGUCGAUUGAGUGCCGCCAGUACCCGACUCGAACGAAUAUCAGCUGCACUUGUCGAGGUUGAUGAGGAAGGGCAUUCUACCAAAUCGCCGAGAAGUAGGGGUAGGAGAGAUAGGAGAAGCAUACCAACCCCUCAAAUCAUUGUUCCCGACCUUCCUAAGCUACCAGAAACCGCCAUUGUCUCGUCCCCAGUCUCGGUCCUUCCGUCGCCUCCCAUCGAGAAAGAUCCCUCUGUCCGAUCAGGUAGCUCAUCACGUCACCGUCCAGUGCCCCCCCCGAAAGAAAAUCGCAGAUCACGUACCAGUACACUGCACCUCAGUGCGUCUCAGCCUGAUUUAUCGCAUCCGCAGAGCAUCUUGAGACGACAUGGCACACGUCGCCGACAUCACCCUAUAAUCAGCCAGCUCGCAUCUAUUAAACAUUGGCUAAUUGAAUCCACAAAACGAGCCAAGUCGCCUCAUUCGAAGUCAUUCUCUCAUGCACCUUCGCUCAAGUUUCUCACAGACAAAUCAAGUCCUCCUAAAAAUAAGGAACCUGCCUCCAGACCAGCCCAAACAACACCUACCACCACGGCGUUUAACCGAACACAACAAACUCCAAUCCAAAUGAAACGUUCAUCUACCGCAAGCAGCCUUACUCCAAGCAAUGCCUCCUAUCCAGGGGCUGCCCGUUCUGGCUCCCUGUCCCACCAGCCCCGACCACUUAGCACCGCGAGUAUUACUCAUAAACGUAAUUCCUUAUCCCCUUCGCCCCUUACCCCUCGCAACUCAUAUCGUCGUUCAUCUGUGGGCCUACGUGGGCGAAAAUCUACUUCUUCGUCUGUCUCCUCCAUUCGGAGUAUUCAUCAUGCACAUUCGCACUCCAAGACCUCAUCCAUAUCCUCGAAUAGUACCAACACGGUAUCAACACCCAUUGCCUCUGCCAGGCAGACGAUUACCCGAUCCCCGCACCCAUCAGUGAAAGUUCUACCCGCAACUCCAAGCUCAAGCACCCCCUUCCCAAGUAAUAUCAGGCUUAUUCGAGGUGGUGGACCUUCAACGGUUGCUGGGUCCGGUCAUCAUAAAGGGGCAGCUUAUAACGCCUACAACGAAGCUGCUCCAGGUUCCAUCCUUUCAUCACCAGCAUCAGGCCUUGUUUUUGCUCGCCGAAAACGAUCAGCUUUUAAGGGUCCAUCCCUUGCCACAUCUGCCUUCCCCGCUGCAAGCGGCCCUGGCACUCCGGGGUUACCUAAAUCAAGGGAAAAUGUAAUCGGUACGAGCGCUGGGGCUCAAACCGUCGGCUCCGGCGCAAGGAAAAGCCAAAUUAUCGAAGAAGAAGAGGAUGAAAUUCCGUUCGAUUGUGAUGAUGAGGACAUCGAAGAAGUGGAUACAUUCGACACUGCUGACGAGGCUAGCGGGGCAUUCAUGGACUGCAGAAGCUCCACUGAUGAUGCCCCUACUAUUAACACUGAUCCAGGACCAAUUUCGCCGUCUGAUCUAGACCCAAGGGGAUCCCUCGAAUUCGGACAAGUACAAAACAUCAGUGUACAGCCAACCAAAGAGCCACAGCUUCUCCCCGCAGCAGAUAUCCACGAACCGAAGUACCCUCCAUUCCACCCGACAGAACAGCCAGCUGGCGCCGAGACUACGCAUCCUCCUCGUUCAUCAUCUCUAGCUGAGAAGCCCGGCUCCUCUGGCCAUGGCGACGACGCGUUGCAAGCUGCAACUCUCAACGAGGCUGUCUCCACUGCGGACAGGCCGCCUACGAAGGAUUCUACUAUUAUUACCGAAUCCAAAACUACGGUUGGGGAGGAAUGACUCGCGUCGUGCCUGGCAUACCUGCGAUUUUCGAGAUACCGCAAGUCGCGGCUGCCCGGCCUAAACAGAACCAAGCGACGCCAGAGGUGAUACGAGAUGGACGGACGCCCUAUCCCAAGAGAGAGCUUCCGACUUAGCUAUUCCCUCUAUAUUGAUGUGUUGGAUUACCCGUAACGGUAACUUACAUAUCAUUUUCGUUGUUUCAUGCAGUUUUGCCUUUUGGGCGUUUCUCAUGCUCCUCUCAUACCCUUACACUCCGCUCAUCGUUCCAUAUAUCUACCCCUUUCCAAGACACAUUUCUACAUCCAUUUUCCUUACAUGUUUGGUAAAAUUAAUAUUCCCCGGUGUUGUUUUUAUUUCCAUUUGAGGCUAUAUUUCGUUAUUUUACCCCCAUCCUUUUUGCCUCUUCAUUGGUAGACUGUAUCCUUAUUCGCUAUAUAAACUAACCCCUUCUUUGACCUUGGUCUUUUGAUGCACAUGCUACAUCCGGCUCUAUUUCAUUUUCUUCGUCAUUCAUAAUUUAUUUGAGAUUUUCCUUUGGAAUGUUUAGUGGUUGGAUUUCCCAUUCUUGUUUUAUAUACCUCUAUCCUGCCCCGUUCUCGGUUUUAUAUACCCUUUUCAAAUUUUGACUAUUAUACAUUCACCGAUUCCCUACACCAUUUCAUUCCAUUGUCUUACCACCUAUUUUUAUUAGAUCACUGAUUCCACCUACUUUGCCAUCAGUUUAAAUUUCUGACUACCUGCAAAGAACUCCGCUAUUCUUUCUGCAUUUUGGCCACCUUCUUGACUUUUGGGUUGCUCUAUAUCUAAAACUCAAGCUUGAAAGAAGCUACGUUUGGCCAGUGAGUGAAAUGUUUAUUGUACCAUAUUAACCCUUUUUCGUGCUUUAUCUAAUGAAAUGGAACAGGGGAGUGGAGAACAAUAUCUACCUGUACAAUAUCUACAUGUAAUAGAAUCGGUCUCUCCCGCUCUCUGUUUAUUUGGAACAGUACUUGGUUUCGCAAAUCCCCGCAAAAUCCGUGAGUGUAAUCAGGGUUAUAAUUGUUACACAAGCCUUUUCUCUCUACUAUACCUCUCUUAACGCCGCUCUAAAGUUAUUCGAUUCAGAGCCAAGUUGAGAGGGGCGAUCAGUUAUAUCAUGGGACUCGCAAAUCCAAGCUACAUGUCUCUUUUUGACCAAACUGAUUGCCAUAUAUAAAUUCAGUUAGAUAGAACAGCAAGGCCCUAAAUUCCAGAUAACCCCCACUCCGGAAAACACUUUGCGCACUCUCGAGUUUCAUUAGUAGAUUGGCAUACAUUGUGUUGUCUCAUCAUUGAACAGCCAGUUCAUGGGCUCUUCCAAAUUGAACCGUCCAUUUGGCAUCUGAUAUUUUGUUAUCGACGGUUUUGGCUCAUGAAGCUAGCGGCCAACUUACUAUAAUAUCCCAGUCUUCCGUGCCCUCGGGUAUAUCCAACCCCAUUUGGUUAGGCACGUCUACUGUUGGGCCUCUCCGACCCUCGGCCGCCUUUUCCUCCAGGACCCGCAAGCACUUUUCCUGAGCAGCUUCAACUGCCGUGAUUAAUGACUCUGGAAACUCGUCCUUCUCUGUUCCUUUCAUGAGCCCGUCAACCCGCUCAGCUACCAAACAGGUAAAGAGAUAUCCCUUGAUAUUGGUCUCCCCAGCCUCAAUACACCGGAAGGACCAAGUUAUAGCAUCGUUGACUAUGGCAAGCAGGUCGGGCCUUAAUGGUGCUGGACUUAGACCAGUCUCCUCGUGCAGCUGGAACAUGAGCUCGGCUGCUGCCGUAAGGCUAGCCAGCAAAGCGCUCCCGCGAAAGAAGUGGGACCCACUAAUCGCGAGUCGCACUAGACCGUUUUCUACUGUUGGCGAGGCCUCAUCACCGUAAGGAGCAAGCCGCACCAGGUGCCAAAUUUUCAGCGAGGCAGAUAACGCAUCGGUCGUCUCGCGUAGAGCCGGCACGAAGAAAGGGAUAUGAAGUGCUGAGAAAUUGCGAUGCAUGAUGAAAUCUACUACUUGGACUUGGAAUCGAGAGGGGAGGACCCCGUGGCUGAUUUAAGGCCGUGGAGAGCACGACACAACUCCUUAUGUGAUAUCCUCAAUUUUGCAUCGAGUUGAAGAGUUUCCUCAUAUGUACUACGGGAUUAUAGAUUAUUCAAAAAUUCUGCGACCACCAGGCGAAUUGGAAAUGUUUUACGAAGGGCGAUCGCAACAGACAUUUGGGUAAAAGUAUCAUCUGAUGCCGGCAGAGGGUCUCCAACCAUCAGUUGAUCGUCGUUCAAGUUGCGAGGCGGUUCAACAUCAAAGCUGCCAAGUGAAAUGAGAGGAGGCGCCCUAGAGUCUAUGCUCGAUUGCAGAGCUAUCUCCAAAAUGGUGUUCCACAGUAUCCUGCGCAUCUCAAUAGCGAACACCGUGCUUUCUGGGAGAAAUGUGGGAUCCCGAUGCAAUCCAAGAAGCAUUGCGCCCCGAAUGAGAGAUCCUGCCGAAAUCCAGACCAGACUGCCACCAAGGCUUGCCGUUUGUCGAGCGAUGAGAAGCAGAAUAUUAGUCUGCAAAACCUGUUUGUUUAGUCUUGCUUUAAACCCCGGUUCUGCAAGCCAGGAUUGGACCUCACAGAUCCAUCGAAAGGCUGAAGCCCGCAUUGAGAAUUUUUCGUCAUAUGUGGUAGCCCCGAUGGCGAGUACGAGCUUAAGUUGGACCAGGAACGCUGUGUCCGGAGGUGCGACAUUUAGCCAUACCUCCUCAUAAUCUCUUUGGAUGUAGAAAUGUGGAGAAUAUGAUAUAUGGUUUCGAUCGUUCGCAGGUAGCAAUCCGCAAGUUUGUCAGCGACAUCUUUCUGGGGCAGACCCCACUUUGGUGGUGCGGGCCAAGGAGGUGUCCACUGCGAUUUGAUGACCCUUGGUAGGAGUUUGCACCUUUGCAUGUUGGAAGUGAGCUUGGAUCCAUUCUGUAUGUAUGUGUGGCUCGAUGCUCUCGAAAAGCUCGCGAAGGAUCUAUUUCUUCGUUAAGAGAAUGUGUUUUCGUUGUUUCUCCGCCCGUAUGCGUUGGAUAGAGACAACUGACCUGUACAGCACCAUUACUCCAAUGGUUCUGCUUAAAUAGGCGAGUUUUAUGUACGAGGCUACGGUUGAUUGCUGGUGUUUCAUUAGAUGGGCGGCUUUCAUGGUGAACUGAGAAAGUUCCUACCAGGGAUGACGAUGUUGUUUCUAUUUUUAAUGUUGACGUUGAGGUAGAACCUGGGGACGCAGCAGCCUUAGCGGUUACCUGGGAUGAACGUUCUUCAAGCUGUCUAACUCUGUUCUUCAGGUAAUCUACUGCAUAAGAUAAUCGACUAGGUGUAGUGGACGGGGCUGUUGAGCUGUUCACGAUUGACGAUACUGGCCGACCUAGGCUCAUCAAACUACUGCCAAAAGCUGAGGAUUCUAUAGCAGGCGCCGAAUGGCUUGGUUGCUGUGACUUCACAGCCGGCGCAAGAUUGGGCUGUAGGGUUUCUGCUAGGUCAUUUCCAUAGAUGCAGGCACUGUUCUUGGAUCGCACACAGUUACUACACGGAGUUUGCCGAUUACAUCGAAUUUUGCGUUUUCUGCAAAGAAUGCAAGAACUAUGUCAUCUUUGUUACUUUAAGCGCCAUAAAACACCAGUUCCUAUUAGCCGUUGUCGCUUGCGUUCUGUGUCACAGAUCACUCCCACUUUUAUUGAAUAUUGACCAGGAAAGGCGCUCAAGGAGAAUUCCCCGACAUCACAUUCCCGAUAUGCACCCAAGUAUCCGAAGUUCAUGAGGAAGAACGAGGGAGAGUUAUCAGAUCCGAGCGGCUCUUCGCCGCAGUCGGAAUUUGCGCUUUUGGUCCGUAUUUCUCGCCAUUUGCGGGUCAUGCAUAAGCUUAUUGGAUGACAUGCCCACGGUGCACCAUGAGGAGAUCAAGGUAGUCUGUUCCAAUUCUCUUUAGAGAUGCCUCGACAGAAUUGAAGAUCGCCCGCCGCGAGAGACCUUUGGGCCAAUUAACUUGUAAAUGUGGAGGGUUAGCCACGGAGAGGAGCUAUCUACGAACUAAAUUGAUUAACAUAGUCUUUACUCUUGGGGAGGCCUCCCCAGUAGGGAGGGAUAAACACAUCGUCGUGUUCGCUCACAGGGGCCCAGCAUUUGCUCAUGAUAACCAGCUUGUGCCUCGGAAUGUCAUAUUUUCGAAUAGCUUUUCCGAUCAUUUCCUCUGCUCUUCCAUUCGAGUACAACCCAGCAGUAUCCCACUAUCCCCAAUAAUCAGUAUUAUGUAUUAGAGCUGUGCAGCGUUUCCCUUAUAGCGCUGGACCUACUUAGUUAAUGCCUGUCAUACGUCGCCUUCAACAGCGGGAGUGCUUAUCCAGUGGUCAGCAUACCCCCAACGGAAAUAAGGGCAUUCUUAUAUAUACAAACGCACCUGCUCGUCAUCUUUCACCCCCUCGCUCCACUUUGAGCCCCCUAAGCUCAUAGACCCGAAAAUCGGAACUGACACCCGCAGCCCCGAUUUGCCCAGCUGUUUGUAUUACUCCUUUGACGACUCGACGGAUACCUUCAAGGCACUGGGGAGAUCAAGCUGCAUAACCAUUCUCGUCUAACGAUUAGUUUCACACAGGUAAGGAUGCAACUGUUGAUAUAAUGGGUGGAGGCUUCGAGGGAAAGUGAAA